AUGAGCCUACAAAAUACAAGUUUGGUACGGUCUGAGGGAGUCAGUAAACGUAACAAAAUAGGAGACAGAGCUUCUAGUGAGGACAUAAGGGUUGCGGGUGAUGGUCUGCCCGGUCUCCAGGUGCCGCCGGCGCGAUGCGAUGCAGAGGAUCCAGAUAGCGCGUCCCUCAAUUACGCAGUCUACCCUGCGCGAUGUAGCGAAAACGAAACGUAUGAACUUGUAACUAAACAUAGUGCGCGUGCAUACUUCAUGUGCGAGAAUCCAGCCGUUGUGAGCCAUCUUAUGCCUCGCAAAUUCGAGGUGGAUGGCGCCUUCAGAGCUGAGAAGCAGCGCGCCCUGCAGGCGAGCCAGCGCGGUGGCCGCGUCCGAUGGGUUAGCGAAGUCGACGAAAGCCACCGGGCCCGAGCUGCCGCCGCCGCUGCUGCCGCCACUCAGCAGUCGCAGGCGAGUGAACCCCGGGCAGCUGUACCAUCAUACUCUAUUGUGCCCACUCGUACCCCCCUCAUGACAUGUGUGUCUAAGAUAUUGGCCUAA